AUGAGCGAUGGGGAAGAACACGAACCCAAAGGACCGAGACCUAUCAAAAAGUUAUCCAAGGACGUCAUCAACCAAAUCGCUGCUGCAGAGAUCAUCCAUCGUCCUGCAAACGCCAUCAAAGAACUGCUCGAGAAUUCCCUCGACGCAGGCUCAACUUCUAUCAAAAUCACAGUCAAAGAAGGUGGACUCAAAUUGCUCCAGAUAGCUGAUAAUGGUCACGGUAUAAACAAAUCCGACUUACCUCUACUCUGUACCCGUUAUGCGACGUCAAAAUUGUCAAAAUUCUCAGAUUUGGAGAGACUGCAAACGUAUGGGUUUAGAGGAGAGGCUUUGGCUAGUGUGAGCUAUUGCAGUCAUGUGGAGGUGGUUACCAAGACGAGAGAUGACGGGUGCGGGUGGAAAGCACAUUACCAAGAUGGAGUCCUCGUGCCCUCCAAACCAGGUCUGACACCUGAUCCCAGACCUACAGCAGCGAACGAUGGGACGGUCAUCUCCGCGGAAGAUUUGUUCUACAACAAUGCAUUGAGAAAACGAGCUUUCAAAUCCCCUUCGGAGGAAUAUAAUCGGAUUCUCGAUGUGAUCACAAAAUAUGCGGUACAUAAUCCUCAUUGUGCCUGGGUGUGUAAGAAGGCGGGAACAGCUUUACCUGAUAUUUCCACACCCGCCGCAUCUACCUCACGAGCCAAUAUUUCUUUACUUUACGGUGCGACUCUAGCCAACGAACUGCUUGAACUGCCCAAAACUACACUUGAUCCUAUCGAAAGACUAGGAGCGAGGUGUGAGGGUUUGGUGAGUAAUGCGAAUUCUAAUUGGGCCAGAAAAGGUGGAUGGUUGUUGUUUAUAAACCACCGAUUGGUAGAUUCCAGCAGGAUCAAAAAAGCCGUAGAUUCUCUCUACACCGCUUUUCUACCCAAAGGCGCCUCUCCAUGGGUAUAUCUCAGCCUUGAAAUUGAUCCCUCGAAGGUGGACGUGAAUGUUUCACCUACGAAAUCCGAGGUCCACUUCUUGAAUGAAGAUGAGAUGAUUGAAGCCAUCGUGGCUGUGGUGCAAACCGCUUUGGCUGGGGCCAACGUCUCGAGAUCUUUUACAGUUCAGACCCUUCUCCCAGGCGCUCCCGAGCCACCCUCCCGACCCCGCGAAACCGAAGCGGGUCCGUCCAAAGCGCGCAAACCUGCGCCAAACUACAAAGUUCGCGUCGACUCCUCUCACAGGACUCUCGACUCGAUGAUCACCAUCUCCGACCCGUCUCAACUCGGGAGAUACACUGAGAUUGUGUCAUUGGACACAGGAGAGAGACCACACAAGCGUCGAGUCAUGGAAGAGAACGGCACCGGAGAGCAUCCUCUAGAGGUUGAGAGUGACGAAGAGGGUCAAUUAGGGGUGGGUGAGAGGGAGAGUUCAUGGGAUGCGCCAAGGGAGAAAGGUAGAGGGGAGGUGAUACCGGAAAGUGGAUGUGAGCUUGAGAGUGUUCAGGAAUUGAGGAGAGGUAUAAGGAAGAAGGGUAGCGCGGAAGUCACAGAGAUGUUGUCCAAACAUGCUUUUGUAGGGAUAGUCGAUAGACAAAUGUGUUUAUCCUUGUUUCAACAUAGCACUAAAUUAUACCUUGUCAAUCAUGUCACUUUAGCGGACGAACACUUUUACCAACUAUCAUUGCGUCAAUUCGGCGCUUUCAAUCGUUUACGUCUUGAUCCUCCUCCAGAUCUGGGUGAUUUACUCCGUUUGGCCGUUUCUGACGAGCCUGGGAUCUUGGCUGCGGGACUGGAUUCGGAUGUGGUGGUGGAUAAAAUAUGCAGAUUACUCUUGGAAAGAAGAGAGAUGAUUGACGAAUAUUUUUCUUUACGGAUUUCUGAAGAUGGAGAGGUUGAAACUUUACCUAUGAUACUCAAAGGGUAUACACCGAAUUUAGAUAGGUUACCUCAUUUCUUAUUAUGUCUUGGAACUCGGGUCAAUUGGGAGAUAGAAAACGAAUGUUUUCACACGUUCCUACAAGAAUUAUCCUUUUUCUAUUCCCCUAGACCUUUCUCCAACCAUUAUCAAUCUCCAUCAGGAUCGAAAGAAGAGAACGGAAUGAUCAACGCAGAAGAAAUAACACAUCAAGAUUGGCAACUCGAACAUGUUUUGUAUCCAUCUUUCAGAAGAUACACUCAUUGGUCUAGAGAUAUAUUAAAGGAUCUAAAGCAGGUAGCUAAUUUACCUGAUUUGUUCAGAGUGUUUGAGAGGUGUUGA